AUGGCAGAAACGCGUCGUCUCUUUCUUAUAAACUCCCACAUCCUUGGAUCAUUUGCCUUUCACAAGAAAUGCACUGCAUUAGAAGAAUAUAGAGAAAGAGGAAGACCUUUAAACCAGAGGAUCCUUCGUGAUAAGUUUUUAGAGCCUUUAUAUGAUGACUAUAACCACGUUUGGGAAUUAAUGAAAGAAAAAGAAGAUCUAUUUAACCACAUGCAUUAUGCAGACCUCAGUAGAGAAGGGCUAAAAGAACGCUCUCAGAGGCAAAUUAUGCAUAUAUACCCCAAAUGUAAUUUGAAUUAUAAAAGCGUUAGAGAAAAUCCACUUCAUAAAGUUGGGAUUUUGGUGGGAAUGCUGUGCAAUGAUAUUACUUUAGGGACCAGGGUAAUUGUCCAUGCUUGUCUGUAUAUUGAGACCGUGCAGAAUUUGGGGACAGAAAAGCAUCUUGAUCUUGUUAAAAGGGCAUAUGCGCUGAAAGAUUAUGGAUGCUGCGGAAUGACUGAGCUUGGGCAUGGCUCUAAUGUAGCUAAAGUUGAAACUACAGCGACUUAUGAUCAUUCUUCAAGAGAAUUUAUUAUAAAUUCGCCUACUCCAACUGCUGCGAAAUGGUGAAUUGGAGCUGCAGGCAAAACUGCUAACAUGGCUGCUAUUUUUUGUCAGCUAAUUGUAGAUGGGACCAAUCAUGGAGUUCAUGCAUUUGCUGUUCCAAUAAGGGAUUUUGAGACUCAUAAACCUUUUAAUGGAGUUACUUUAGGUGAUUGUGGGCAUAAAUCGGGGCUACAAGGGAUAGAUAACGGAUUUAUUUUCUUUAAAAACUAUAGAGUGUCUUAUGAUGCUUUACUUGAUAAAUUUUCUCAAAUUUCACCUGACGGAAAGUUCAAAAGCCAUAUAAAAAAUAAGGAAAAAAGAUUUGGACUUAUGCUUACUGGGCUUAUUACAGGCAGAUGCGCAGUUUUAUUUUGUGCUGAAAUUCAUCAAAGAAAUGCACUUACUAUUGCUAUCAGAUAUACAUUAAAUGGCUACACUUUGGCUCAACAGUCCAAAUCUAUGGUCACCGUGAACUGAGAUGGACUCCGAGUCAAGAAUCAAGUGCAACUUCAAGUAAUGUGAAUACGAGUAGGUUUUAGCUGCCUUCCUGUUAUUGGAAAUGGAGGUGCCCGCAGCGUCUUUGUAUCUGAGGACUGAUAGGGCAUUCCUCCACAGAAAAAAUGGGGGUUUUAGCCAAGGCUACAGGGGAGCAGUCAUUUUCCUAUAGCUGUCGAAGGAAGGGGAUUUUGAUAUCCGACAGACUCCAAGGAGUUGAUCUUUGGAAUCAAGUUAUUUCAAUCGCCUAUCGCAAGGCCGCAGAAAACCAUAAGCUCCCCAAUCAAAUCUGAAGCUGCAAGGCAAACAGGAUACAGAAGGUGCCAGAAGUGGCACCCGCUUCGAGGGAUAGAACCUCUGGGCUGGAGUCGAAAAGUUGUAGAAACUUCCGUCUGGGAAAUCUUUGGUGACUGCACCACCAAUAUGGCUAACGCUAGCCUAUUAUGGCUAUUAGAUAUGGAGCAGUAAGAAAACAGUUUGGAGGAGAAGUAGAAAGGCCAAUUUUAGAUUACCCAGUCCAUAGAUAUCGACUUAUGCCGCACCUUGCUAAAGAUUUUGCUGCAAAUAUGAGCAUGAAGAUCAUUGCGAGACUCUACAACGAGCGUAUAAAAUUAAUUGAUAGAGAUCCUGAAAUGAUUAAAAUAUGGCGUGGCUCGAAUUUUCUGCUCUCCCAACCAAAUUCAUAUCCCGCAUAUUUUAAUUAUGAGGUUUCGUUUCCCCUGAUGAAAUUAUCCCAGCUAUAUCAGGGAAGCAAGAUCUGGGGUGGUUUUUCCUACGGACUCCUAACCUUAGGGAAUGAUAUUUCUCUCAAAAAGGUACCAUUUAUUCAGGCGGUGGAGACUGAGACCUUAAAGGUCCCAUUCAGACCCAAGCCAGUGUAUGAGCUCAAAGAAACAAAGAAAAGCCGCUAAAGCCCAAGCUUCAAGACUGUCACCAUCAUUGGUAGACAAGGUCCAAGGUAGCCUCAUCUUUGAUGCGCACUGAGGAAAAUUAUGCGAAAUUCGUCCCAAAGCGGUGCUGAGGGUAGCUGUGGUCGAGUAACCUGGUCGUGGUCGUUAAAUAAUUAAGAUAAGAUAGAGAUCCUGAAUCCCCCGAUGUCACAGAGUUCCAUGCACUUGUAAGUGUCUUUAAAGCCCUCCAUGGCUGGUAUAAUCAAAAAGCAAUUCAAGAAUGCAGAGAAUGUUGCGCAGGGCACGGAUAUUCAAGCUACGCAGGCUUUGCCAAGCUUAGAGCUGACAAUGAUGUCCACAUGACUUGGGAAGGCGAAAAUUGGGUCGUCAUCCAACAAACCUCCAGAUGGAUAUUAAGAGCUGUCCAAAGCACAUUUAAAGGCGGCGCUAUUAAAUCUCCAUACUUGCAAUUCAUUAAUUUGAGCUCAGAUAAGCCCAGGUUUUCAAAUAAAGAGCAGCUAAAGCAUGCAGAAUGGCUGAUUUCUCUAUUUGAGUAUCGAUGCAAUUAUUAUAUCACUGAAUCACUUGCAAAACUGCAAGAUAAUGGAAGAAUUUACCAAGAUAUGACUGUAACUUGGAACCAUACCCAAGUUCACUAUUUAAUUGACCUUGCCAAAUCUUUUGGAGAGCUCAUCCAGCUUAAAGAAUUCAAUAACUUUGUAAACGAUCUCACAAGAAAAUGCCCAGCCACUGGACAAGUGAUUGCAAACGUCAUGUAUCUUUUCGCAAGCCAUGUGCUAGAUCAAGAAACUUCUUCUUUCAAGACUACUUUUGACCCAGAACAAGCUAAAUGGAUAGCUGAAACUGUUGACGAGUUGUGUGACGAAGUCGGAGAAAAUGCAGUAAAAAUAAUUGACGCCAUUGCAAUUCCAGACCAUGUGAUUGCCUCAGCACUUGGCCACAGCGACGGACAAGUCUAUCAGAGGUACACUCAAGCAGUAGAAAAUGCACCUGGCUGCUAUGAUCCUCCAAGCUGGCUAAACCUUAUUCACGAAACGCGUAAAGCAGUUAAUCUUUAA